GACGUAAAACAGGAAUAUAUUUAACUUGGGAUGAAUGCAAAGCGCAAGUUAAUAAAUUUCGCAAUGCUAUGUAUAAAAAAUUCCCUACUCGUACCGAAGCUCAAAAUUUUAUUGAAGGAAAACAUGAAGUUUCUGUAAUUUUAAAUGAUAAUAAAAUUCAGAUUUUGAUAGAUGGAUCAUUGUUUAAUAACGCUAAACUUGGAUCAUUACAAGAAGCGAUAGAAGAAAAUUUUAAAUCAGAAACUUAUUCUAAACAUAUUACUGAUUAUUUUAACAAAAAAUAA